ACGGAGGAGGAAUUCACCAACAGCUUCUUCUCCUUGAAGUAGGACUUCAUGCCAACUUUUCAAAGCGAGUCUGAAAAUGAGGAGUCAUGGUCACUAGAUAGUGAUAAGGAAGACACUGUUCUGGAAAAAAUUGCAGAGAUGGAGCAAGAGUUUAAGAGAGACGAUAAGCUGGAGGAGGAAGAUGAUGAGGUGGCAUACAGUAACGGUCACAAUGAUGGGAAGUUUCUGUCACAAGAUUUGCAGGUCAAAAAGGGGAGAAUUGAAGUAGGGGCGGGGAGCUCGGUCCGAAUUCAAAAUUUAAAUGAAGAUUAUCACAGUGCAGCGGAAAAAGGAACGUUGCAACAACAGGGGAAGUUGGAAGUGGUUGUAGAAAAAUUGGGCUUCAAUGAGAAUCAUAAGAGGAGGCUGAAGAGUAAGCCCAAAUCUCAUGAAAGCAGCCCAAGCUUUGAGGAGUCAACUAAUGAAGAUGGGGAAGGGGAUUCGGUCCAGCAGAGACUCGGUGUUGCAGAGGAGCAGAUGCAAUCUUCAAAGCAGAUGGGGUCAAGGGGGGACAAGGCGGCAUCUACCGUGGAGGAAGUGAGGGAGACGGUCAUGUGGGAUCUUGAGGGUGAAGAAGAUCAGAAGCAGCUCUCGAAUCAGGAGGGAUCGAGGGGGGCCAAGACGUCUCUGUCCGAAGAGGAAGGAAGAGAUCCUACGCAGUGGGAUCUGGACAGUGAUGUGGAGCAGAGGCAGAUCCUGAAGCAGAAGGGGGCGUUAGCACUUCAGCAAAAGAGGAAGAAGAAAAUCAGGCUUUGUAGUGCUGUCUACCGAAGAGAGGGGGUUGCGGGUGUUGAACGAAGGAAAAAGAAAAAAGAUGGAAGUGCUAAACAGAUCCGGAAAUCAAAGAAAGGUAGUUUAAUGCCGAAAUUCUUGGCUAGCCCAAAUGGUGAGAUAGCAAAGGAAUCCAUUGGAGAUAGUGGAAUAGAAAAUUGUAACAGGGCUUGGAAGGAACAAAUGCACAGCCACCUAGCUAAGGAAAUUUGGGAUUUAGCCAAACAGUUGGGUGCUACAACAGAGAAGGACGAGGUGAUGGUGCAAAGAAUUGAAGAGAUGGAGAGGAGAGACAGAAAAAAAAAGGAAGAAAUGGCAAAUCGGGUAGCCGAGGAAGCAAAGAAGGGCUUAUUUGGAGGACUUCUAUGCAUUUGGGAAUCAUCUGUGUUCAAAAUGAUAGAGGUGAUUGAGGGCCGUUCUUUUAUGGGGGUGUUUGGGGUAUGGGGAGAAGAGCAGAUACUAGUGCAUCUGAUUAACAUAUACUCUCCAUGUACUCUGGCGGGCAAAAGAGAGUUGUGGGAGGAGUUGGGUAAUUUGAUCAACAGAAGGAAGGGAAGAUGGUGCUUAGGGGGUGAUUUUAAUGCUGUCACAAAGGUUGAGGAGAGCGCGGGGUGUAAAGAUCCAACUACAGAGAUGAAUGAGUUUAAUAGCUUUAUCCAGGAUGCAGGAUUGAUAGAUUUACCAUUGAUAGUGUCAGAUCAUUGUCCGUUGGUACUGAAGAACGAAAAAAUAGACUGGGGACCAAAGCCGUUUAAAUUCUUCGAUGUGUGGCUGGAGCAACAUGAAAGUAAGGAGCUGAUAAGAAAGGCAUGGAAUACUACAGGGGAAGAUGGGAGAAAGGGUUUCAGACUGAAGGAGAAAUUGAAAGGAACUAAAAAAGCCUUGAAGGAGUGGAGUGGCAACCACAUGUCGGAAGUAGAUCACAAGAUAAAAGAUGCUGAAAAGAUGAUAGCUACUCUGGAUGAGAAAGGAGAAACCGUCCAGCUAUCGGAAGAAGAUGCAAACAAGAGGAAAGGCUGCUUCUUAGAUCUGUGGGAGAACUUGAAAAUCAAGGAGAGUAUGUGGCAGCAGAAAUCAAGGAAGAUGUCGCUAAGAGAUGGGGACACUAACACAAAAUUUUUUCACAAUUGUGUGAAGGGAAGAUGGAGAAGAAAUGAGAUUAAUAGCAUUCAGGUUAAUGGGAAACAGAUUCGGGAGGUGGGGGAGUUAAAAGAAGGAGUGGCAAAGUAUUUUCAAGAUUUGUUCACAGAAAGUAACUGGCUGAGACCAAAGCUGGAUGGCAUCAAUUUCAAACAACUAUCCCAUGCAAACAAUGAAUCCCUUAUGGCUGAGUUUUCUGAGGAAGAAAUCAAGAAUGCAGUGUGGGAUUGUGAGCCAACAAAAUCCCCAGGGCCUGACGGGUUUAAUUUCAAGUUUAUGAAGGCUAUGUGGGAGGACAUCAAACAAGAUAUUAUUGGCUAUAUCCAGGAAUUCCAUGCUCGAGGCAAGAUAGAAAAAGGAGCAAAUGCAUCUUUCAUAGUCUUAAUCCCGAAGAUUGAGAAUCCCCAAAGAAUUGAAGAUUUUAGGCCAAUCUCGCUCAUUGGAGUCAUGUAUAAGAUCUUGGCAAAGCUGUUAGCUAACCGACUGAGGAAAUUUCUAGAUAAGAUCAUCGGGGAGCAACAAAUGGCAUUCAUUAAAGGUAGACAGCUGCUGGAUGGGGUGAUCAUUGCUAAUGAGGUGAUUGAGGAAGCAAAGAGAAAGAAGAAAAACAGCUUUCUACUCAAGGUUGACUUCGAAAAAGCAUAUGACAAUUUCCCGGUUAGUAAAGGGAUAAGGCAAGGUGACCCACUUUCGCCCUUCUUGUUUCUAAUAGUAGCGGAGGGAUUGAAUGGCUUAAUGUUAUCUGCGGUGGGUAAAAAUCUCUACAAGGGGGUGAGGAUUGGAAACAAAGAAGUGACGGUAUCACACCUCCAGUUUGCAGACGACACGAUAUUCUUUGGCGAAGCAUCAAAGGAAAACAUUCAAGUUAUCAAAUGCAUUUUGAGGACCUUUGAGUUAGCUUUGGGGCUUAAGAUUAACUAUUGUAAAAGUCAGCUAAUGGGUAUCGGGGUUGAGGAAGAUUGGAAAAAGAGAAUGGCUUACACUCUUCACUGCAAAGAAGGCGAGCUCCCUGUCAAGUAUCUGGGAAUUCAAAUUGGAGGGAAUCAUAGAAAGCUAACAAUGUGGCAGCCACUGGUGAACUCAUUCAAAAAGAAGCUAGCAAGUUGGAAGGGCCGAGACUUAUCAAUGGGGGGUCGAAUCGCGCUGAUAAACUCUGUGUUGUCUAGCUUACCGGUGUUCCAAAUGUCAGCCUACCUAUUGCCCAAAGGUAUUCUCUACUCCCUAGAUAAAAUUCGGAGAAACUUUUUAUGGGGAGGGGAGGGAGAGGGGAAGAAAAUUAAUUGGGUUAGUUGGGAGAGGGUAUGUAGAUCAAAGGAGGAGGGAGGUUUAGGAGUAAAAGACUUGAAGAAAUUUAAUGUGGCAUUGAUGGGAAAAUGGUUGAGUAGGUUGGCAAAUAUGGAAGAGGGCUUGUGGAAGAGUGUCAUUAUAGGAAAAUAUGGAGUAGAAGGGGGACACUGGCUGGAUUGGGUGCGUGAUGGCAGGAACACAGGAUCGCUAUGGUGGAGAGAUGUCCGAAGACUCAAGGCCGGGGAGGGAGUGAACGCGAGAUGGUUGAGGGAGGAUUUUAGGCUGAAGAUAGGGGAAGGGAGAUGUGUUAAAUUCUGGUGGGAUUCAUGGUGCGGGGAAGAGUGUCUAGCUAACAAAUUUCCUAGAUUGUAUUUACUGUCAACAGGGAAAGGAAAAGAAUGUCAUGAAAUGGGUAAUGCGGAGAGGGCCACAUGGAAAUGGAAUUUAACAUGGAGACGGAAAUUGUUUGAAUGGGAAAAAGAAGCAGCUCGAGAACUAAAAUGGAUGAUUGAAGAAGUGAAGCUCACACCAGGCUGCCCAAAUAGAUGGGAAUGGAGUCAUAGCAAGGAAGGCCAAUAUUCAACAAAAAUAGCUUAUCAAAGGCUUUCAAUGCUAAGGAAGAACCCAGAGGAUGAAAAAACCUUCAAAAGGGUGUGGAAUCCCAUCGUCCCUAGUAAAGUGGCCGCGUUUAAUUGGAAAACAUUGCUGGACAGAAUCCCAACCAAGUUAAAUCUGAUCAAAAGGGGAGUUAUCAAAGAUAUGGCUGAAGGGAAUUGUGUCUUAUGCGAGGAAGAGACCGAAGAUGCUGACCACCUGUUCUUAAAAUGCAGAGUAGCUAGAAGAUUGUGGCAAGCAUGCGCAAACUGGUGGGGAACAAACUUUACACUUUACAGAGAUUGCUGGACAACAUUUCAACAUUUUGGGACAUGGACUACAAAACCACACAUUUCAGAAGGGUGGGACUGCAUCUGGAACACAGUUUUGUGGACUAUAUGGGUGGCACGAAACGGGAAGGUUUUUCAUGAUUCAAAGUCUUUCGGAUUCGAUGAUUGAUCCUACUUCUUGUCUGUUAGUAAAUUGUAGACGAAAGUAGUAAUGAUUCGAAAGAUAGUAGUAACAUUGAAGGGCUGGCUUUUUGUAUUUGUUGUAAGGGUUUGAGUACCCCUUGUACUCAAUUUUUUCAUCAAUGAAUUAUUCAUUUGCUG